UCAUUCGUGUAUAAAUAUAUAUACUCUCUCUCUCUAUCUACUCUUUGCUUAUUAGUAUAGUCUUUUCCAGACUUCUUUUAUCUUCCCCACAUGGGAGAAACUCAGGAACUGCAACUCCAAAUCAUGGUUAAUCUUUUCCAUGCAUAAUUCUUUCCAGUUCAGGAAGCUAAAGAUGGAAACCCAAUUGAGCUCAGUGUUACCAACCAAGGAACAGUACAACACUCGAGAAACUAUCAACGGUGGAUGAGAAUAGCCUUGCAUACAUUCUUUGUUCUCUCCGGCCAGACAGUGGCUACUCUCCUGGGAAGACAAUACUAUGACAAAGGAGGCAAUAGCAAAUGGAUGGCAACACUUGUGCAACUCGCCGGCUUCCCGAUUCUCCUUCCUUACUACUGCAUUCCGCCACCAAAAAUUUCCAACACAAGUAGUAAUCAAACAACCCCGCCGCAUUCUUUCCUUAUCCUUGCUUCUGUGUAUUUCUUCCUUGGCCUACUUGUAGCUGCUGAUUGCUUUCUGUAUUCAGUUGGGUUGUUAUACCUGCCGGUUUCAACUUAUUCCCUCAUUUGCGCAUCCCAGUUGGCCUUCAAUUCGUUCUUCUCCUUCUUCCUUAAUAAGCAGAAGUUCACUCCAUUCAUAAUCAAUUCUUUAGUCCUUCUCACCAUCUCUUCCACACUCCUGGUUUUCCAGAACGACUCUGAGAACACCACAGGAGUGUCGAAAGGAAAGUAUGUAAUUGGAUUCGUAUGCACAGUUGGAGCAUCUGCUGGAUAUGGACUUGUGCUUUCGCUCACACAACUCGCCUUCAACAAGGUUCUGAAGAAGGAAACGUUUACAGUAAUCAUGGAUAUGAUAGUGUAUACGAGUUUAUUUGCGAGCUGUGCUACAUUGGUGGGACUUUUUGCGAGCAAAGAAUUUUUGAGUAUAAAGACAGAGAUGGAAGCAUACAAGUUAGGGAAGAUUUCAUAUGUGAUGAAUUUGGUUUGGACUGCUAUAUCUUGGCAAGUGUUUAGUAUUGGUGCAGUGGGAUUGAUCUUCGAGACGUCUUCUCUGUUCUCCAAUGCCAUAAGUGUACUGGGUUUGCCUUUAGUUCCAGUUCUAGCUGUGGUAUUUUUUCAUGACAAAAUGGGUGGCAUCAAGGUGAUUGCCAUGCUGUUGGCUUUAUGGGGCUUUCUCUCAUUUGUUUACCAGCACUAUCUUGACGACUGUAAGUCCAAGAAUGAGAAGAGAAAAGCUGAUGAAGUUGUUCAAGCCUCUAAUGGGAGUCAAUAGUUGAAUGGAAAAGAAUUCUCAGGACCAACCAACUAUAGAUGUAAGAUUUACAAGUUCUUUGUGUUGAUCUCAACGAAAUUGUAAUAUUUUUGAAAAAAA